AUGUCGCAGACAAUGCAACUCUCUCAGGUAGCCAAAGGCAAGCGAAAGGCACUUCGAUCAGACCCAAAGGAUGUCAUCAUCAUCAUCAUCAUCAUCAUCACCCCCGACGAUGAGACUCCGUCAGACUCGAGAUUGGAACGAGCGAACAAGGCCAACGAGCUGGCAAUCGUCGACGGCAGAACGAAUGCGAUCGAAGUACCAGACGGCGAUGAGCAGACAGGAGAAAUGCUACCCAUCAACUCGUUGGAAGCCGCUCUGCAGCAGCUGCUCGAGUUUGUGCCUGAUGACGAGAUCGUCAAUACUGUUCUCGGAGAUCUACUCAACGCUGCAACCUACCCCAAGCGCGAGUGCGAACAAGUGCGCAAGCAGAUUAUCAACUACAUCCUCGAAUAA